GUGAGUUUCGUAUCAUAUCGUCUGGUCUGCACAUUGUUAAAUAGCAAACGUGUUGGGGCAAUUAGUUAUUUAAUUAAUCAAUUUUUUAACCAAAAUUGUUUUAUUAUUUAUUGACUUUUAUAUUUUGUUAUGUUUUGAAUUUUACAUAAUUUCCAUUAUCGAAAAAAAUGGGUAGACUUAUAACAUAUGAUUCUGUUGUGCAAGAAAAAUUGAAUUUGCUAUCAAAACAUAAGACGGUUCAAACUGGAUUAAUAAUUGGACAGUGUACGGAUCAGAAAGAUAUAGCUAUUCGGUUAUGCCCAACACCUCAAAAAGAUGAUAAUACUGAUGUCAAAAAUGAAGAAAUUUCAAAAGACUCCAAACAUAAGUCUAAUGUUCCUGAUCUUGAUGAGCAAUGGAUAUGUCAACAUGCUAAGCAGCUUGUGAGAGCUCUUCCUGGAGGGUUAAAUAUUUUAGGGUUUUACAUUGCUGCUCCUUCAGAUUAUAGCACAAAACAACAAGCUCAGUUAAGACAGAUUCUCUUUGCCAUAUUCAAAACAUUAAGUAAAUCUCAGAAAUCUAGUUUGUGUUUAAAAGAAAGAAUUUUGCUUACAAUAUGCACUAUUACUUCAAAAAUAGUUUGUAGAACUUUUGAUGUUGCCGAUUUUAAGAGUUCUGCUAUCCCUGCUGAUUGGAAAUUUCAAACAGGAAACUUCAAAUGGCAGCAAGUACGAUGUCAACUUGCUGUUGAUUUGAAGUUUCCAAUAAAGGAAGAAAAUGGAAGCUUGAGCUUACAAAAACAAAUUGAAAUAGGACUGCAUCCAUUUCUGAAGACUAUACAAGAAGCUCAUACUCUUGUUGAUGGAUUGCAACGAGAUUCAGAUGAACUAUUAGACACUUCUGUAGAAAGUAAACGGUCAAAGAAAAAGCAAACAAGUGAUAAGGAAGAAAGGCUUCCUUCACCAGCAUGGCACAAUGUUGAGUUAUUUAUUUCAUUGGAAAAUAAUAACAAUGUAAAUCCUGAAGUAUCUGAUUGUGUGUGCAUGAUGACUGUUAAAGGCGCAGUUCAGUGUCGAGCAUAUGUACACGGAAAAGCUACUGUUGGGGAUGCAGUUAAUGCCUUAAAACAAGACAUCAUAAGGAAUGUCAUGGCUAGGUGUGAAAUUCAUUGUGAAGAUUUAUUACUUAUUGAGGAAGAACAGAAAGAUCCUCUGGUGGUUCAUGAGUUGCCAAGAAGAGUGUUUGCUUGCUUACCACAAACUGAUAUUUGUGUUUGCGAUUAUCAGUUUCAUAGUGAUACAGCUAGUGAUUCCCUUGAUGCCUUUAAAGAAUUACUUGAUUUGGAGCUUGCAGAACAAGACAUUGAUACUUCGUGUGAAAUUUCGCCAACUACAAGUACUUUAAUAUUACCUGAUGUCAUGGAAGAUAGACUGUCUGAAUUUGGCGAUACACCAACACAUUCCACUAUGAAUAUGUAUAUUCCUAUUGCUGGUGUUGUAGCGACAGUGGCUGUAGGUCUUGCAUCGUACAUGAUGAGUUUCAAUGCUACAUAAAACAAAACCAGAUCUAAUCUAUUAAAUAUUUGCUUCUUUUAAUAUUGUAAAGUAUUGAACAUUUUGGUCAGAGAAUUUAUGAACUAAUGUAAUAAAAGAUAUAUUUGUCUCUAUUAUAUUUAUUUAUUUUUAUAAUGUUCCUGUGAAGCAUUUAAGUUUUUUAAAAUAAAGUUAAAUUUUGGCUCAA